AUGCAGCCCUCUGGCUGGGCAGCAGCCAAGGAAGCGGCGGGCCGCGACGUGUUGGCUGCUGACCUGCGGUGCAGUCUCUUCGCCUCGGCCCUGCAGAGCUACAAACGAGACUCGGUGCUGCGGCCCUUCCCUGCAUUCUACGCCCGCCAAGACUGCAAGGACUUUGAGGCCCUGCUUGCAGAUGCCAGCAUGUUACCUAACCUGAAAGAACUUCUCCAGUCUUCCGGAGACAAAGACAAACGUGCCUGGGACCUGGUGAGCUGGAUUCUGUCAUCGAAGGCCCUGACAAUCCACAGUGCAGGGAAGGCAGAGUUCGAAAAGAUCCAAAAGCUGACGGGUGCCUCUCACAUGCCUGUCCCCACGCCGGACUUCCUGUUUGAAAUUGAGUAUUCUGACCCAGCCAACGCCAAAUUUUAUGAGACCAAAGGAGAACGAGACCUAAUCUACGCCUUCCACGGGAGCCGCCUAGAAAAUUUCCAUUCCAUCAUCCAUAAUGGCCUGCACUGCCACCUGAACAAGACAUCCUUGUUUGGGGAAGGGACCUACCUCACCAGUGACUUGAGCCUGGCCCUCAUUUACAGCCCCCAUGGCCAUGGGUGGCAGCACAGCCUCCUUGGCCCCCUCCUCAGCUGUGUGGCUGUGUGUGAGGUCAUUGACCACCCAGAUGUCAAGUGUCAAACCAAGAAAAAAGAUUCCAAGGAGAUAGAUCGCAGAAGAGCGAGAAUCAAGCAUAGUGAAGGAGGCGACAUCCCUCCAAAGUACUUUGUGGUCACCAAUAACCAGCUCCUGCGAGUGAAGUACCUGCUGGUAUACUCGCAGAAGCAGCCCAAGAGCAGGGCUUCCAGCCAGCUUUCCUGGUUUUCUAGCCAUUGGUUUAUGGUCAUGAUAUCCAUGUAUCUGCUGCUGCUGCUCAUAGUGAGUGCCAUCAACUCCUCUGCCUUCCAACACUUUUGGAAUCGUGCGAAGAGAUAA